ACAUCCACCCGUGACUUCAGCGCCCGGUCUCAUGGCAUCGGUCUCUUGGUCUUCGCGCCGUCUUCUGACUGCAGCGGACCCGAAAGUGAUCAACGCCAUCCGCGAACUCGUUCAGCCCUUGAACCUACCGUAUUUUCAUAAUCAACCCCCCGAUCGCAGUGCUAGAGCGCCACCAUCAUCGCAUACGGACUUGGAACAAGCUCUCGCUCCAUUUGCUCUCAUGUCUCUCUCGUUGCGCGUCUUUGCUCGGAAACUGCUGGAGGGUGGGACGGCUGCGAUGAAACACGAUCUCUCUGUGGCUCAAUCCCGCGUCGGCAGAGGUGGUGGACGAAGGGGAGGGAGUCGAAGGUCGGAGGUCCAAGGAGUGUUAGCGCCCGCGCACGUCGCGCGCCAAGUGCAGGUGAUGGCAUCACGUGGGGGUAGAUUGGAACGUGCCCUUUUUCUGGGGGUCGCAGAGCUCAGGCGUUCUGUUGGGCUGCGGGUGCGCCCUCGGCUACUUUCUGAGCAAGUCACCAUGGGCACGGGUAUAUCUGUUUGUGGGCAGUCGCCAGUGCCUGGACAGGGUGUGCGAAAUAUGGUGAAGCAAGAGCCAGAUGGCGAUUGAGGUGGACAGGCUGAUAGAGGGCUGUUGUGGGAUGGGCCCACCGAUCGGGACGAGAGCUGAGACGGUUUUGGCAGUAGUUGACGAAUGACGAUUUUUACGAAAAUU